CACAGGUUAGGUCAGAAAUGCCAGAGAACAGAUGUCCAUAAUGGCAUGGAAGAGGCAGACUGAAUAUAUGUUUGAAUUGAGAAGCAAGAAUUCAUGGGAAAUGUCCAAGAAAGAAGAAGAAAAACAAGAAAUAAGAGAAGGAAACCAGGAGAAAAUUUAUUGUUUGAACAACAAAGAAUAAUGCAUUUUUCUUCCAGCCUGGUUUCAGUGUUAGAUAUGAAGAAGACAGAAGAGAAAAGGUCCUGCAAUGAUGAGGCAUGUAGGGAUAUGUCCUCAGCACCAACCACUCCUCCAUCAGUGGAUAAAGUAGACGGAUUUUCUCGGAAGUCCGUCAGGAAAGCCAGGCAGAAGAGGUCGCAAAGUUCCUCCCAGUUUCGGUCUCAGGGAAAGCCUAUUGAGUUAACUCCACUGCCUCUGCUAAAAGACGUUUCAUCUACAGAGCAACCUGAGUUGUUCCUAAAGAAACUUCAGCAGUGCUGUGUCAUUUUUGACUUCAUGGACACACUCUCAGAUCUUAAAAUGAAAGAAUACAAGCGCUCAACUCUUAAUGAACUUGUGGAUUACAUUACAAUAAGCAGAGGCUGUUUGACUGAGCAGACUUACCCUGAAGUAGUUAGAAUGGUUUCUUGCAAUAUAUUCCGGACGCUUCCUCCUAGUGAUAGUAAUGAGUUUGAUCCAGAAGAAGAUGAACCCACCCUUGAGGCAUCAUGGCCACAUUUACAGCUUGUAUAUGAAUUUUUCAUACGAUUUUUGGAAAGCCAAGAAUUCCAGCCCAGCAUUGCCAAAAAGUAUAUAGAUCAGAAAUUUGUAUUACAGCUUUUGGAGCUAUUUGACAGUGAAGAUCCUAGAGAGCGGGACUACCUGAAAACCGUCUUACACAGAAUUUAUGGCAAGUUCCUCGGUCUUAGAGCAUUUAUCAGAAAACAAAUUAACAAUAUUUUUCUACGGUUUGUUUAUGAAACUGAACACUUCAAUGGUGUAGCUGAACUGCUGGAAAUAUUAGGAAGUAUUAUCAAUGGCUUUGCCUUGCCUCUUAAAGCAGAACAUAAACAAUUUUUGGUGAAAGUGCUCAUCCCUCUACAUACCGUUAGGAGUCUAUCACUCUUCCAUGCACAGUUGGCAUAUUGCAUAGUUCAGUUUCUGGAGAAAGACCCUUCGCUUACAGAGCCGGUCAUUAGAGGUUUAAUGAAAUUCUGGCCAAAAACCUGCAGUCAGAAAGAGGUCAUGUUCCUUGGGGAGCUGGAAGAAAUAUUGGAUGUGAUUGAACCUUCACAGUUUGUCAAAAUUCAAGAACCUUUGUUUAAACAAAUAGCUAAAUGCGUUUCUAGCCCUCACUUUCAGGUGGCUGAGAGAGCUCUGUACUAUUGGAAUAAUGAAUACAUCAUGAGUUUGAUAGAAGAGAAUUCCAAUGUAAUACUUCCCAUCAUGUUUUCCAGUCUGUACAGGAUUUCUAAAGAACACUGGAAUCCGGCUAUUGUGGCUUUAGUAUACAAUGUGCUGAAGGCAUUUAUGGAAAUGAACAGCGCCAUGUUUGAUGAGCUGACAGCCACUUACAAGUCAGAUCGCCAGCGCUUAUCCAAAGCAGCAGGUGAAACUAAUGAGGAAACUUCGGGAACUCCGGGCAGUUUGCGACUUGGUGAAAGUCGUGUCUUUUGUGAGACUCGGGGUUCCCACAAGCAAAGCGAAGGGUACUGUAUGUCAUCAAGCCUUGUUAGUGAAAAGAAAAAAGAGAAGGAACGGGAAGAAUUAUGGAAGAAACUGGAGGAUUUGGAAUUAAAACGAGGUCUUAGACGUGAUGGAAUCAUCCCAACUUAACAAAAAGAAACAAAACAGCAUUAAUUAACCUGUGGAGUCACACAUGUAUGUAGUAGAAGAUGGAGCAACAGUUUUCUGUAUUGUGCAACUUUACAGUAGAUUUCACAUUUGUUUCAUUAUUACAACAGCACUGUAUAUAUCUGUCUCUUAAGUAAAGAAAAAAAAAGCUAAGGACUUCAAUCCAAAGUUUGGACAACAGAUGGACUUCUCAGAACUUUGCAAAAAUAAUCAUUGUUUUAACCCUUCUUUAAACCAGUCUUCAAAAGAUCUCUUGCUGAAAUUGCUAAGUCCAAAUUCCAUUGUCAGGAACCGUUGCACUGUUCCUUAUUUAUCAUUAGCAGAGAGUGAUACAACUUCAAAUGUGAACAAUCUUAAAUUUAGCUUGUCUUUCAACUAAACUGUUAAAUGUAUUUAUAGUAAAAGAGAGAAAAAAGAUUGUCACUUCUUAUGAGUUUGUGUAACAUCUUUCUCUUCUGGAUAACUAUGAUGUAAUUUGACCUUUUUCUUUUUUUUCCUGUUUGCACAUCUCCAUGAGUUGAAUGUUGAUACAGGUCAGGGCCAUGAAAAUAACAAAACUGAGGUCCUUAAUUCAAAGAGAUUUUUUUUUCCUGGUAUAAAUAGCUUGAGUACCAGACUUCUUUUGGUGCUCUUUCAGUGUGAACAUUUUGAGUAAAUAUAAGGUGGUUAUUAACAGUAUUGGUCAAGUGUGCUCUGGGUUUUUCUAUGAACAGAUUGUGAAUCCAAGCCCAUUUUGCCAAUCCUUGUCAAAGUGUGCAGUGGAAACAAUGCAGACUUCAGUAUCCAACCAGUAUUAGUGGUACACCAUUAAUAAUAAGACCAGACUUGUGUUGAUAAUACUGAGGCUAAAUUAUUGUGUUGGUAUAUACAUUUUCCUUCAGCCAUUAGAAAACCAUUUACAAACAAACAAGCAAAAAUACUUCAGUGAAAUGGUCUUACAUGGUUAUCAUGGAUUGUGUCGGGUGGGGGGGCGAUGGGAGGAAGUUGAGCAAACAAAUUGGAUUGUUUGAAGUUGUUGCCUUACCUUUCUUACGACAUAUUUAUUAAACAUUCCAGCCAUAUGCAGAAAAGGAAAAGAUGUUGCUUGUGAAGAAAAUAAAAAGGGUUUUGUGGUGUUUUUGCGACUCUUACUACUGUUUCUCAUCACAGCAGCAUCUUUUCAGUUUUGACCUGGAAUGAAUUUUAGGUAACAUACUUCAGCCUUCUGAACUUGGAUGCUAAUUCCCAAUUAUUGUAUUUGUUACCAAAAAUGAUUCUCAAAACACUACUGAAACUACUGAAAAGGAAAAGAUAAUAUUCCAGUUCUGGCAAACCUAAUGUCCUGAGUAUUGAUAAUAAAAUUUAAAAAUGAUUUUAUAUCAAAAGUGCAUUGUGACCAAAUUGUUUAAGGACAAAAACAAAGCAAAAACAAAACAAAAAAAGAGGGCUGUAAUAUAAAUAUACAUUACUGGCUAUCUGCUUUGUAUUUAAGAGUGGAAUCUCACAUCUUUGGUAGAUAAAAUGCUGAUAAGACUUGUGUACAGUAUAUAUUUAGCUAAUGCAGGUGCAUUAUUAUAUACCGUAAGGUAUGUGUUUUUCAGGAUUUUUCUCCAGAGCACUUUUGAACUGUUAUAGACGACAUAUGACAACAAUGAUUGAUAAUCCUAAACCAUUGAUCCAGCAGUAUUUACAGUAUAAAGCUGAGUUGGUGUUUAUGAGUCUUUUGUGAUAGUUGCAAACAUGAAUUUACAACCUGUUGCCAUUGAUAGAAGUGUGGUAUAAAUACAAGCUUGUAUAUUUUUCUUCCUGCCAUUUAAAUAUUUGGUAGAACUUAAGGGUUUCUUGUUUCCAAACCAAGAGAGAGAGAGAGGUGAUAAGAGUGUGUGGAAAAAGAUAAUAAUCCCCUUCCUGUCUGACUGACUACUGUUUCGGGAUUAUCAGGUCACAGUUUGUACAUAUGAGUCUUCACAGAUGGAUGUUGUUAAAAAAAAAACUAAAAAAACGAAACAAAAACAACCUUGACACUGCUAAUUUGGGGAUGGGGUGGGGGAAGAAAAUCCAAGAGUAGAACUUGUCAUAUGCAACACCAAACACAACACAGUUUAACGGAAUUAAGCUAAGCCUCUUUUAAGAACAUUGACUGGGACUCAAUGUAGACUUGGCAGAUGCUGCCAUGGGUGAAUCAUUCUAUUUUAAAAAGUGCUGGAGCAAAGGUGCAAACUGAAAUACUGAAGAUGAAAUAAAUUUAUAACAAAUCAUA